AGCAUCAGGCUCCAACGACCCAGGAUUAAAUAAACAUGGCGAUUCCCUCUACAGUCUCUGCAGUCUGCAAUUACUCUUUUAGCCCUCCCAAACAUCCCUUAAACCACCUGUGUACCGAAUCGCAAUUUGAUACCCAUGGCCGUUCUCAAGGUUCUCAUCAUCGGAGGGGGCGUCGCAGGUCCAGCCCUCGCGCACUGGCUGUCGCGCGUAGGCGCCAAUGUUACUCUCAUUGAACGUUCUCCGCAGAUGCGGGCGUCUGGCCAACAGGUCGACCUACGUGGCCAGGGAGUGACCAUGAUGAAGAAAAUGGGCAUCGAGGCCGCCGUCCGAGCGGCAACCGUCCACGAACCCGGCACACAACUCAUUGAUACCAAUGGCCGUACCAAGGCAUUCUUCGCGGCGGCGCCAAGCGGCACCGGAAAGCAAAGCAUCACAUCCGAGUACGAGAUCAUGCGCGGCGACUUGGUCAAUAUUCUGUACGAUCUCACCAAAGAUCGGCCAAAUGUCAAGCGUUUGUUCGACACCACCGUCGACGCUUUCACGCAGGAUGAUGAGAGCGAUCCCAACGGCAAAGUUCAUGUGAGAUUCCGAGACGGCCGCCAGGAAGAUUUUGACCUGGUCGUUGGUGCCGACGGAACUCGUUCGAAGACCCGCAAUGUGAUGCUCGGUCCAGACGCCCCUGAUCCGCGCCGCUGGCUUGGAGGCUAUAUCGGAUACUUCAGCGUCCCGUCACAGCCCCAUGACUCAGAUCGAUUCACUUUCUGCCAUUUGCCUGGUGGUCGAGUGUCCCGAAUCAUCGGCACAAGGAAGGACAUACCAGAGUUGACGCGUGUAUACCUGCAAAUGCGAGGGGAAGAUGCCGCUGUCGACGCAGCGUCCAAAUCCGGAAAUCUGGCUGAUUUGAAGACUGCCUUGGCCGAUCUGUAUCAAGGUGGCGGAUGGGAAUGUGAACGCUUUACCAAAGCACUACGAACUGCACCAGAGGCCGAUGACCUGUACUUUACACCAUUCGUGGAGGUCCAACUUCCCAAAGGAUCCUGGUCCCGGGGCCGAGUUGUUCUGGUGGGCGAUGCAGCACACUCUUCGACGGCAGACGGGUACGGAUCGACAUGGGGUUUGGUUGGGUCCUAUAUCCUGGCCGGCGAGAUUGCGACGCUGUUAAAGAAGGACAAGUCGUCGCCGACAGCUGCCGUGGUGCAAGGGGCGAAGAACUAUGAGGACAAGUUCCGACCCAUAGCCACAGCGUCGCAUGGACGAUCACAGUCGUUUGAAUCUGCCUUCUUCCCCAGAUCGAGUAUAGGUAUUUGGACUCUGCAUACCUUUGCAAGAAUGGCCGCAUAUAUGAAGCUCGACCAGAUGGGCGGUCUCAGCGACACGCAGGCGAAAUGGCAGGUCCCAGACUAUCCCGAGCUGGAAAGAGAGGAUAGUGAAGCGGAACGCACACUCUAACUUCCUGGACGUGGGGAAUAUGGCGGGUUUCGCCCGUGUACAGUAUUCUGUUCGAUCUCCUUUCCUCUCAAGACACCCGCUCUGCUCUGGCGUAGAGGAUUUACUCCUUCGGUGUAUGUCCAAUUGAUUUAAUCGAGCAGCUUCCAAAGGAACGGUUGUGGUAGGCUAGCCUGGUUGGUUCA